GUUUCAGAACGUUUUCAAAUAAGCGUUUUGAUCAUGGGGGCAGCUUUUGGGAAAGUUUUAAAUUACUUAUACAUAGUUGACCAUGGUGAAGCAACAACUGAUUCUAAUUUAAAGAAAGCAAAGAUAACAUGCAUGUUAUCGUCAACUCAAAAGCCUGCGAAACCUAACCCUCAUUGGAAACACCUUGAGCUUCAGAAACCAAGUGAAGAGUUACGCAUAAGCAACCUCAAGGCUGGUGCGAAGUUCAUUCACGAAUCCAGGUGUAGUCGGGAGAAUAUCGCUGUGAUAAUGGAACCUAACAAUCAUGAAGCUGCAGCUUUUAUUGUCGCAUAUUUCUCUAUCUUAAGUGGAUUACCUGUAAAAUUAACUCGUAAAGCUGUUAUGAAAUGUAGAGAAAAAUUAGAUAUUACUAAUGAAUAUGACCCUUUAAUUGAAUCAAUGCAAAAUUCGACUACAGCAAAAGAAUUACGUAAUGAUUUAUUCAAAGGUACAUCUGGUUAUACAGAAGAUAGAUUAAUUGAAGAUUUACGAAAAAUUUAUCAAUUAGCUGAAUUAGAUCCACCAACAUCAUCAGAAAUUUAUUUAGAAACAAGACGUGAAUCAACGACACAAAGUUCAUCUAAUCCAAUCUUUAAACGUUUAUCCAUUGAUAAAAGUAAACAAGAAUCAACUAAUCAAAUAAAUAUUAGUUCAUCUAAUCUACGUGAUAAAACACCAGAACUAGUUGUCCAUGAAUAUGAUAAUAACAAUAUUAAACAAGAUCAACUGAUGAAUACUUCAAUAAAUUCUUCAAUGAUUACACCUCAUCAUUCAAUUGAUCAUAAUAAUUCUGUAUUAAAUGAUGCUAAACAUGAUCUACAUCAUAUUGACCAAAUCAAUAAUAAUAAUACAAUUCAAAAUGGUACUAAACAAACUUCAUAUAAUCAUGAUAAAGAGAUUAAAACAAAAUUACCAGAUCCAUUAUAUAAUACUGAUAUGAUUACUAACAAUAAAAUAAAUUCUCAAUCAUUUAUUAAUAAUCAUGAAAUUCAUCAUUCUAAUAGUAUGAAUAAAUUAAAAACUAAUAAAGUCACAAUUAUUUAUGCUCUAUCACAUGAAUCUACAGAAGCUGAUGCUGUGGAACAAUAUUUAAAUAGUACUAGUGCAGAUGAACGUGAUCGAUUACGUAAACGUGUAAUAAUUACACAUGCUUAUUCAAAAGUUGACAAUUCUAUGGAUUAUAUAUAGAAAAUUGUUAAUUCAAUUAAUCUAUUGAACAUUGAAAAUAACAAACUACAUAACAUCAUACGUAAUUUUUCUUUUUAAAGAAGCGCUCUUUUUUUUCUUUUUCUUUUUUUUUAUAAACAAAAAAAUCUAUAUAUGAUUAGUGUCGUUAAUAUUUAUGAUAGAAAUUUAUCUUCAUUUCUUGUUAUGAACUAAUUCAGUUUCUAUAUCUUUUCAUAUUUAUUAUUAUCACUAUGACGAUUAUGACUGACGACAAGUUUUUUUUUUAAAAAAAGAAAAGAAACAAGUACUUCUAUUGAUCAAUACAAAUUUGUUUAAAUCGUUCAAAUGUUUUAUGUUACAUUUUUUUUUUAAAAAAAAAGAAAAGAAGACGCAACAUCCAUAUUUGGAAAGUUUGUUUGUUUGUUUGUUUUUGUUAAAAAUGAUAAUUAGUGCCAAAAAAAAUGUGAAAUUAUUUUUCAAAGUUAACACUAUGGUUACUUUUUAAAAGAAAACCUUAUGAAUGACAUGAAUAUUUAUUAAGCAUAGAUUGAUGUUUUCUUUUUUCUUUUUCUCUCUCAUGAAAUAGUAUAUUAUAGUGACUUGUUUUAAUUCAUUUACUUUAUCUCUAUGAUUACGUAAGUAUAUUCAUAUUUCUUAAAUAGGUAUUAGAUUUUAAAGAAAUU